GUUGCAAUCAAUUAUAAAAAUUCUAUCGAAGCUCCUUUUUUUAAAUCGAAAUGGGGCAAGUUCCUUAUGUAUUUCACGUAUUUCAAAAUUUCUUGGCAAAACAAAAAUUCGCCCAUUAACUCUAAUAGUGAUUGAAAUCCAAAGUAAUCGGGUUAAACGCCAAAAGCUGUAUUUUUUUUUUUGUUUUUGAAUACGUCAAAAUCAUCUGUCUUGUAAUUUUAUUUCAUUUGUAAACAAAAGUGAGAAGACAUGGAAAAGAAAGACAAUCAAAACAAAUCCGCGGCUGAUAAGAUGACAACGAAAAUUCCCAGCUCUCCUGAUAAAGCUCUUGAUGAUCCACUUUUCCCUAUAGCGCCCGGUAAGAGUCGCCCUAAUUAUGGCACCAAUAACACCUUAGAAUUGUUGGAAGGCAUUCCCACUGAAGUGGUAAAUUUAAAGUUGGAUGAUGUAUUAACUGCAGUAAAGGAUGUGGAUAACAUGUGUGACUAUCCACGUUGCAAAACUAUAACGAAACUUAUGGGACAAGAUUGCGAGCUAUGUCGCAAACGAUUUUGUUUCAAGCAUGGACUGCCUGAGGUACAUGGAUGUGGUGAAGCAGUGAAACGAGAAGAGCGUGUUAAAUUCCUACACCCUAAGCCAGCGAAAACCGUGCGUGAAGAAGCAGAUUUAGCUCAAGCGAAAAAACGUCUCGAGUCCAAACUGAAGGAUAUGCAAGUGAGACGUAUGCAGAAAGUAAAUGGUGGCCCUCCGAUUACAAUCAAAGGUGGAAAAGGCGAUGCAGCUGGAAGUGAUGCAGGCGAUAGGAAGGGUUCCAGACGGAAGAAGGGGAAGUAAAUAAAAUAUAAUCAAUAAAAGAUAGAUUCUGUCAGUUUCGAAUACUUUUAAGUAUUUCUGAACAUAAGAAAAUAGAAUACGAAAUGGUCAUCACUACUCUAUAAAGUUAUACAACUGAAUUCUUAAUAAAUUUAUUUGUGAAAAUAA